AGCUAGAACAUCUGCUGGACUUGGUCUUUUUACCGAGAAACAAACUAUAACAUUAGGAGCAAUGCUGGCACCACCAACUAAUUUACAUGCGCCUAUGAGUAGUAUAACUGAACGAAGUGUACACCUAUACUGGACAGCACCGGCUCAGUCGUCAAAUGUGAAGGGCUAUAGAAUCUACUAUAACACGUGUUACCUCACGAGUUGUGACACUAAACAAACCACCACCACUCAAACUGAUGUAACAGUGAACAGUCUGUCACCUGGCACAGAAUAUAUAUUCAGGGUGGCGGCAUAUAAUGAUGAUACAGUCAGUCCAAAGACUAUUGGUAUUGUGGUAAACACAAACGGAAAUCCGCUGCCAGUGCCGUCAGAUCUCAAUGUCACUGGAACGGAUUUUAAUUCUGUAUCACUAUCAUGGAAAAUUAAUCAAACUGGACAGUGGUUAUAUGGUAUUUACUAUGGUAAAAACAGCGAAGAUUUAAAGACUUCCAAACUGACCACCAAAAACCUGACCUAUGUAGUGAACAAACUAGAAUCUGGAGUUGAGUAUCUUUUCAGAGUUGGUGUCGUUGGACCUAAUGGGAUAGGACUGAAGAGUCCAGUUAUUUUUGGACGAACUAAAUUUGAUGAUCGUCUCAGACCACGACAUGUCCUGGCAACUGGGAUCAAUUUUACUGUUAUUAAUGUAUCCUGGUGGUCGCCAAGGGAUCUCCCAGAAAAACUAGGAUACAUCAUAUACUAUCGUGAGAAAAGAGGCAAUUCUUCCUUGUUUCAAAACGUCACUGUACCUCCUACUUCUAAGACAAAGUUGAGCUUUAAUCUAACAAAUCUGAUUCCUGGUGCUGAGUACCUGAUUAAAAUGAGUACUCAUGAAAAAGGCGCUUUACUCACUGAAAUCAUCAGUGGAAAAACAU